AUGCGACGAGCAGUCAUAUUUCAGAUACUAUGGAUUGGGAUUCUUUUUGUUUUUGGCAUUGCAGCGAACAACGGUGCUAACUUUACAUCAAACCUUUUGCUCAUUAGAGGUCUCUCCACCGCCCAAAUGCAAAUUUUCAAUACAGGUUUUCAAAAUGGCAAUGUGUCCGCUAAUGGUGGUAGUAGUAAUAAUAAUGAUGUUCCCACAACGUCAGCAGGUCUGAUAAAAACCGGGGACGCAACAUUCACAAGUACCAAUAGCCCCUUGACCGGUGCAACUGGUUUAAAUUCUGAAUCUGGUGUCAACGCGCGUUCUUCAGCUGACGCAGCUAAUAGCUUUUCUACCGCUUCGAUAUCUUCGCCAGAUUCACACUUAUUUUCGGAUACUUUGAUGGGGUCUGAUGCAUUGACACCCUCACCUGUGGAAUCAGCUACGAUGCCAACUUUAGCGGAUACAUCGAAGACAUCUUCGGCUGUACCGUCGUUUAGGCUAGCUACAUCAUCUCCUUUCGCUGGCACAUCGACCUCAUCAUCUUUGGAAUCGUUUGAGGCAGCUACGUCAUCGUCUUUGGCUGAUGCCUCGACUUCUUCGUCGCCUCUGGCGUCUGAUACCCCAAUUACAUCUUCACUUUUGGCUUCUGAUACCCCAAUUACAUCUUCGCCCUUAGCAUCUGACUCCUCGAGGACAUCUUCACCCUUGCCAGCGACUAUCUCGUCAGCAACAUUAGCAUCUACGAGUGAUCCUCAGUACACCUCAGACACCUCGGCAUCUUCAAUUGCUGCAGAUUCUUACAGUUUAUCGACCUCAAACGCACCUUCUGGUACGCCUUCUUACAAUAGUAAAGCGGUGCCAUCUACGACUUCGACAGCUGAAGAAAAUUCCUCGAUUUAUGCGACCACCGAAAGCCGAUCUACCCCACCGUCGAAACACGGGGCCUCUGAUUCUUUUACGUCGUCUACCUUACCGCUCUCCUCUGUGACUUUUUCAAUGAGCCCUGAAACUCCGUCUUCAGAUUUACCAAUAACAAUCUCGACCACAGCGUUAACCACAGCAAAAGAGCAGGAAACAGCUUCAAAGCUGUUGCCUUCCACGCCAGCUCGCAGCUCAACCUCUUCCCCUGUCGAAACCUACCUCAUAACGGCAGUAACCACAUUUCCGAUAGCUUUUGGAAGCUCCGGCACGACGUCUGAUCCAGAAUUAAGCACUCUCGAGGUGCAAACUUCCAGCCCAAGCGACACAGAAAAAAGCGGCACUAUUCCUAUUUCAUCAGCUGCAUUUUCAACUACUGAGACGCCUUCAACUGAUCAGAAAGGAUCGUUCUUUUCGUCCUCUGCGUCCUCGACGAUUCCUACCGCGGAUUUAAUCGGUUCGACAGGAGAGGACAUGACCCCAUCUUCAUCUAUGGCUUUCGAAAGCCAGUCAAGUUCUUUUGUAGGAGACAGUACAUCAUCACUUCCGACAAUCUACACAUCCUCCCCCCCACAAGACUCCUCAAUAUUGGAAAGUCAAUCUUCGGAGCUAGUGUAUACUCUGAUCCAAGAAAGUACUGUCCCUACCCCGACGUCGACACCGCUGGCAUCGUACCAACGUUCCACCUCAUCGCCCUCUAGCAUGGGUGCGUCUCAGAAUACGUUUCCGACCCCAAUCUCCCUUAGCACCUCUGGCUCUCCCAGCUCGACCAUUCAGCCGAACCAGGCUUCCACUGUCGCACAAUCCCAGCCCAACACUAUAAUAAACACGCAUUCCUCUACGUUGGACUCAACUUCAUUCUCAGCAGAUACGGGACGGCUGCCUCCAGCGUCCGUAACGUCACCUAUUACCACGAUUUACACAAUUACCUCAACAACACCCUCUCAGAAGCCGACGCAGACGCAGACGCAAGGUGACAAUUCACAGGCUCCGAUUGCAAGUUUAACUUCAUCCGUCCAGUAUACGACACAAACAAGAGGUGAAGCUCCUUCUUCUCCAUCGAGUUUUUUAUUAACAACCCCGUUACAAGAAACCUCUUACCUUUUUUCAAGCUCCUUGGGUCCUCAAUCGGGACAGCAGACGUCGAUCGACUUGGCAACUUCUAGUAAUGCUGAAAGCUUCAUGGCUGACUCUUCAACUCAAAGCACAUCUCUUCCAGUCACUGUUUUUCCCAACACAGAUUUAAGCGACGGUACAAUAUCAUUGUCUUUUAGCUCAACGCCCGAAAUUUAUUCUUCCAAGACCGAGUCAGCGGGAGCCUUCAUUACGAGCACCGCCACUAUGACGACGGCACUGUCAGCGAGUCAGUCUUCACCCUACAGUAAGAGCCUCGCGCAAGAAACUUCAGAACCUUCGACAAUGCUGUCCAAUGUGGAUUUGUCCUCUCUUAGUGAUUCUCCUACCUCAGAAGCCCUUACAGGCUCUAUUGCUUCCACAGCUACGUCCACAGGGACUGUGACCACCAUAAGCGCCACUACCUUAAUUUCUUUCAACGAUGCCUCAAGCUCCUUUACUGGCUCCGCUGUUCUUCCUACUGAAAGCGCCUCCUCAGGAAGCCAAUUGGAAUCAAACUCUAUUACUACUGACACAGCGAAUGGCGGAAAAUUAUCCACUAGUAUUGUUUCAAUUUCUUCAAGCAUACCACCGGUCACGCAAAGUGCCGUUACAACCAAUUCUCAAAUGACUUUCUCGCAGCAGACUAAUACUGGUAUUUUACAGUCGAUGAAGACCCGCUCCUCAAAUGACGGAGGCGAACAUACCUUACAAACUGUCUCGCCAACAGCUUACGCGUCUACUCAGGCGUCCUCGCUUUCAAAUUCUGAUGAACUUUCCAGUCAACAGGCUGGAAGUGGGACGACUGGAAGCGGGGAGUCCAAUUCCGGGUGGUUGCCUUUUGUAAUAGUAACAGAAUCUACGAUGUCCAACCCCUCAUCUGCCACAGGAUCGUUCGAUGCAGGCGCAACAGCAACUCUCCCCCAGGUUAUAUCGCCAUCAACACCCGUAUCACAGCCUCCUAACUAUACUCUCAUAACAGUUGGCUUCACCGAGCCUCUCAACUACCCUUUUUUAAUCCGGAACCCUUUGGCCUCUGCUCAAAUUUUCAAUUUCCUACCUUUGGUGCUUUGCUACCCAUUUAAUUACUCCUCGAGUCAAGUUUCAGCGAGAGACUUGAGGCCGGUCAUCGAUUCUUCGGUUUCAAAAGCUCAGUCAUCGCGAAAUGAGCUUUCAGACUCGUUCUUACAGCAGAGGGAUACCUUCAUGCAGCAUGGAAAUAGAUGGAAGGAUGUUGACUUUUCCCAGGUUGUUGUUGGGGGAAUCAUUCCCACCAUAAUACCAAACAAAGAUUAUAUUGCAUCCGUCGCUAUCGUCUAUUUCCCAUCGCGCGCGGUAAACGUCCUUCAAAAAAUGGUCUUGAAUAAUAAUUCAAGGUUGUACAACAACCCUGUGCCAUAUGAAGAAUCUCUUGCUGCGCUGAUUGACCCUUCCGUUCCCUUGACUGGUCUGAUAAACUCAGAUGGUUCAAGUGGUGGUGGACAAACUGGUAAUGGCAAUCAAGGGAAUGGCGGUUCUUCGUCUGGUUCGGGUUCCCAAUCAGGCUCAAAAGGCUCAGGAGGAUCAGGGAACUGGGCAAUAUCUGGAUCUCUUGAUAAUUCCCAAAAAACUGCAAUGACAUUCAAGAUAACUAAAAGACUGGUCAUAUUUUUACCAGUUUUCGGCGCUGUGAUUGCCUCCUGGUUAAUUGUCGUUCUUUAUCUUGGCAAGAAGAUCUAUAAGGUUGACACUCUUGACCACAUAUUGUAUUCCACUGAUAAAAAGUGGUCGGCUGAACAUCCACUUGCUCGGACAAAGCUAAAGGACUUGGAAAAGCUCAAAUAUAAACAACAUGACCCCGAAAAGUACGCCCAUGAUUACUAUGAAAACUUUGAGAACGACGACACAGAAUCUUUUGACCCAGACGAUCUGGUUUCUGUGGGUGAUAAUCUGUACUACAGCAGACACAGUGGUCUGAGUUACACCAUGGGUCCGGACGGUAAUUUAUAUUAUGCCGGCUUGUCUUAUAGAGAGGCGACAUCGGCAGAGGAUGCAGUCAGACAGAAUUAUGAAGAUACAGCGAGGAUCAAUGAAAGGAAACCACCUGUUGAAAAGUAUCAAGAUGACCACACUCCCCGUACCGAAGCCCAAAGCAUUAAAUCCGAGGAUAUUGAAAUCGACGAAGAUGGCAACAUUGAGAUAUUUGUAUCAGAAGAGGAUCAAGCAGCGAUGGAUACGUACAAUACGGACACAGUGGAGAGCUACAAUAACAAGGGACGCUAUCACCCCAAUGCCUUUAUGGCUGACGAGGGAUUAGUCAAUCAGGCUUCUUCCUCAGAGGAGCAGCAACCUGGCACGAAUUCUCCUCUGAACUCACUACUUUUGAAAACAGGCGGGAAUAUCAUGUUCCCGUCGAGUCAUGGAUCAAAUUCCAUGCCAGAGGCAAUUACCAACGAAAAUUUGGAAGAGUUUUUCUACGGGGCAGCUGAGGCUCAAGAUCUGAACUGUUUAGAAAAUGUGGCGUUCGAGCAAGAUGACGACGUUGAGAAUUUCAUUUUUGAGGAUCUCGGCGUGGACGUUACCACAUCCGACGAUGAGGAUGUCAACGAUGUCAACGAUGUCAACGUUGGAGAUUUUGAUGAACUCGACGAAGUAAUGUACAAUCGACUCUCAAGAUUGAGUGGCUUAGUUGCUGGUCAACCAUCAACAUCUGAUCUUACAACGUAUCAAGGUAUUUUAGAGCAGCAAUACGCCAACAGAGUUCGCGAGCUCGAGAGCGUUGCUUCCCUUUAUCAAAAUCCUGACCAAAGCCUUUUGACGGGCGAUGGGUCGUCAUAUUAUGCCAGUUCUUCACAGGCGAACCCCACUUCUACUACGGCAUGUGAAACGUUCGAUUCCGCGAUACGUCCAGAGAAGACCUAUAAAGCAUUGAGAGCACACAAGUCUACUACCCAAACUCCAAGUCACUCUUCAGGUUUCACUUUUAACGAGCAUACAAGUGGGGAACUGCUUUCUUCGGCCUCCAACAAAGCUCACAAAUCCAAAAAGCUCUAUCGCCGAAGCGUAAGAGGCCACACAAGAAGUGUUAGCUGUAACUCGGCCGAUGUGUUUUUGAAAAGUUCGGAACCUAACACAAGUUCCAAACUUCAUUUGACACCCAAAUUGCGGCAAAGGAACGACGGUAAAUCCAACUCCAAGAAAAAGAAGAAAAUCAGCGUAAGGCAUUCGAUUGCAGAAAGUUUCAGUUCCAGCAUAGUUUUGUCAAAAGUUAAUUAUUCCAGAAGAACUUCAAGAGCGAGCGAAGUUGGGCCCCAUGGGCAUACCUUUGAGGAUCUCAGGAACGUAUCGAUCUCGGGUCCCAUUUCGACAGAAAACUCACUUGGAUGGUCAGCUUUCGAAAACGAUUAA